AUGGCCUCUCCUCUCCGACCCAUAUCCAAUCUGGCCCCUCGCCUCCUCCUUGUAGGCCGGCCAGCAACAAGACCAAACCGAAAAACACCCCUCAAACAUCACCACCACCAUGAACGAAGAACAACAACCCCCCAAGCCCGAACCCACAGCACCACAUCCUCCGUCUCCGCCUCCGAACUCACACACUUCUCCGCCCUCGCCAGCUCCUGGUGGGACCCAAUGGGCCCGUCGCGCAUCCUGCACCUCAUGAACCCGCUCCGCCACGAAUUCAUCGCCUCCUGCCUCGCCGACUCCGAUCCCUCUCCCUCAUCCCCUGCGAAGGCAGACCUGCACUACCUCGACAUAGGCUGCGGCGGCGGGAUCUUCGCCGAAUCGCUCGCGCGCACCAUCCCCGCCGACCCCAAUGCAGCUGCGCCGACCCCCACGCGCGCGGCGUCCAUGACGGCUAUCGAUCCGUCGACGAACCUGAUCCAGAUCGCGCGCGACCAUGCGCGCAUGGAUCCGGCCGUCGACGCGCAUCUCAGGAGCGGCAAGUUCAAAUAUCUGAAUACCACGCUGGAAGAUGUUCUCGCAAUUACCCCGUCCUCCUCCUCCUCCUCCUCGCCUUCAUCACCCGCACCAUCGUCCCCCAAACAAUACGACAUGGUAACCCUCUUCGAAGUCCUCGAACACAUCGACCCCAAAACCUCGACCCCAUUAACGUUCCUAACAAACUGCCUCCGCGCCCUCAAACCCGGCGGCUGGCUCAUCGGCUCGACUAUCUCGCGCACACUCCCGUCAUUCCUGCUGAACCAGGUCAUCGCCGAAGCUCCGUGGCCUAUUGGCGUCGUGCCGCGCGGGACGCAUGAGUGGGGCAAGUUUGUUAACCCGCCUGAAGUGCGUGCGUGGCUGCAGGAGGGACUGAUGCGUGGUGGUGAUGGCGUUGCUGGGAGGGGUGGUGGGCCGGGUUUGUUGGAGGGGAUGCAGUGGAGGUGUGUGGGGGCGGUUUAUGUGCCUGGGCUUGGGUGGAAGAUGGUGCCUGGGUCGGAGGAUUGGGGAAAUUAUUUUUGGGCUGUUAGGAAGGGGGUUUAG